CUGAUUUCUCUGAGGAUUUCUAGUCGACCUUUGCAAAGGAUGAACAUGACUCUUCCUACAUAACAGAUCUUUGUCUGGAUUAUAAAUUUCACCAACUCUUCAUUUGGUCUGAGACUUUGUCUGAAAUCUGGUGAUGUUUUUGGACUGUUGCCCAUUUUUGUUUGGCAAAGUUAAUCUCAGAUUUGGGCGUGGUCAUCUGAACAAGAAUUAUCUUCGUGAAGGUCAUUUUGGCUCAAAGGUCAGAGGCUGAUUAAGGGGAAAAUAAGCAAGAAAACAGACGGCGAAGACGCACCUGAGGACGUCGCAUUUGGAGGGUAAAGGUCAGACAGCGAGCUGGAUUAUUGACUCGUUUCCUGAGGGACCUGCAGAGACAGAGGACGCCGAGAUUAAAAAGACACAAAGGUCGCAGAGACGGAGAUAAGUGUCAGACGUCAUCAUGGGCUGCAACAUGUGUGUGGUGAAACGUCCGGAGGAGCAGUACAGGAUCAUGUUCCAGCAAAAAGGCUGGAGUGACUCCCUGCGGCCGCUGGACAGACACGGAAACAUAAAGGUCAGAGGACGGAGACCCUCUCAGCUCCCGCUGGACAGACCACAGAACUCCCAAGAUCCUUUGCACCAACCUGGUCCAGUUCGCAAGAGUCACAGAAGGAAAGGUACAUUAGUGUGCAGUGGUAAUGGGACCGGAAGCAGCUCCAUCUACUCCGUUGCCAUGGUUGCAAUCCCCGACUGCGUCGACAACGCCACGCAGACGGACAUCAGCUUCCAGAACAUCGUGCCACUGGGGAAGAACAGAGGUCACCACCACCAUCACCACGGGCGGGGAGGCGGCUCCUCCUCUCCUCCACCACCUCCACCCUCCCCUCCCCUCCCUCACCUCGGGGGACCGUACGGGAUCAAUGAGUUCUGUGUGUUUGAGUACAACGACCCCGAUGACUACUUUGACGUUUCCAACCAUGAGGUGGACAGGCAGGACGACCUGGAGUACGAGGAGGUGGAGCUGUACAAAUCCAGUCAGCAGGAGAAGCUGGGGCUCACAGUCUGCUACAGGACGGACGACGAGGAGGAUCUCGGGAUUUAUGUUGGAGAGGUUAAUCCAAACAGCAUCGCAGCCAAGAACGGACGCAUCAGAGAGGGCGACCGGAUCCUGCAGAUUAACGGAGUGGAUAUUCAGAACAGAGAGGAAGCUGUGGCCAUUUUGACCCGAGAGGACAGCAUCAACUUCUCCCUGCUGCUGGCCAGGCCGGAUAUAGAGAAUGACAACCCUGAUGGUCCGGAGGAGGACAUGGAGCUGACUCUGGAGGGAGGAGGCUUCCAUCCAAACCCACGAGCCUCCUCCUGCUCCCUCCCUUCCACCCAGCCCUCUGGCUAUUAUCGCCUCUGCCGGGGAGGAGGAGGAGGAGGAGGAGGAGGAGGAGGAGGAGGGGGGGGCCUGGCCUGCCCGGGGGGAGCAGGAGGUGGAGAAGGUCCUGGGGAUGAUGUGGAUGUGGAGGAGGAGGAGGAGGAUGAGGAUGGGGAGGAAGGAGAAAGAGGAGAGAAGGAGGACAGAGACCCCCCUGUUCCCCUCCCUCCUCUGCUGAGCCUGGCUCCUCUGCUGUCUAACAGCCAGGAGCUGGAUAGCGGAGUGGGCCGGACAGACGACAGCACCCGCUACGAGGAGUCGUCUGAGCACGACCUGCUGGGUGAUCAGACCAGUGCCUGUAACACCAACACCACCAACACACCAGGCAGCACCAGGAAGUUCAGAGCGGGACCCAGCCCCAGACCCAGUCCCAGACCCAGCCCCGGCCUCGGCCCCAGCCCCGGACACGGCAGAGGAGACACCACCCCUCCUUUCCUGCAUCUGCGAGACCUCCAGCUCAGCUCCGACUCCCUCCCCGGCAUGGACUGGGCAGCUGCAGGAGGAGCAGGAGGAGCAGCGUAUAGCCCCCACCACCAUCACCACCACAAGCACUACCACCACCAUCACUACCAGCCCCCGCUAGCGAUGAUGAUGCCGGGCCUGACGGAGGAAGAGUGCCAGCGAUACCAGGAGCUGCUGGAGAUCAAGUGCCAGUACGAGAAACGUAACGAAAAACAGCAAAGAGAAGCGGCGAAAAAUGAGUUUAAAGACACUGAAGCAGAGGUGAAGGACCAGGAGGAGAGAGAAGAGGCAGAGAGGGGAGGAGAGGAGGAAGCUGCUUCUUCAUCUGCGGUGGACGUGAACUGCAGUGCGACUCUAAGCGAGCAUGAGAUGGCGCUGAUCGAGGAGGAGUUACGCCACCUGGAGUUCAAGUGCCGCAACAUUCUCCGAGCGCAGAAGAUGCAGCAGCUCAGAGAGAGGUGUCUGAAAGCCUGGAUGAUGGAGGAGGAGACGGUGGCAGCCGGAGCAGGGCGACCAGGCCCUCCUGAAGCAGGUGUGGAUAAUGACAACGAGGAUGAUGAUGAUAAUGACCCUCAUCGUCACGAGUUAUCGGCUAUCAAUGAGCUCCCGGAGCGAGAACGAUCCGAUGACAAAGACAGCACCAGUGCCUACAACACCGGGGGGGAGAGCUGCCGGAGCACUCCGUUGGUUAGCACUGAGCAGAUCCCGCCUCUCCAGGAAGAGGAAGAUGAAGGAGGAAGACGGCUGAUGUCUCCACCUCCUCUAUUACCUCUCGCUCGCCUCCCCCCUCUGAACUCCCCCCUCACCCCGCGGCGCCACGGGCGGGACCGAGACAGAGAGAGGCGCCACUCGAACCUCAGCUGCUCUUUCUCCCCGAGCACUUACAGGAAGUACGAAACAGCCAAUGGCAACGUCGCACACGGGUCAAGCUCCACCCCCUCUACACCUUCCAAGUUCAGGUCUCUGACCAGAGAGGCGGGGUCUUCUUCAAGAAGGGGUGUGGCUGAUGGAGGGCGGGGCUCCAGAGCAGGUGGCGCCACCGACAGGCCCGGAGGUGGAAGUGCAGAGUCCAGUCCUUAUUUCACCAGAAGACACCACAGCAACAACAAACCAUUAGAGCGCUACCAGAGCUGCAUGGCGCUGCCCUCUGAGGGCCUGGUGGACCCACUGGAUCGAGUGAGAGACAGAGCGAGGGCCGAGGGCGAGGAGAGGGGGAUGGGCACGGGCAGCAGCGGCCCAGCCAGCCCCAGGAGUGUGAACAGCGCCCCCUGUGGUCUGGAGGACCACCAUACAGGCGCCUCACGGUUAGGACUCGCGUUACCACUCGGGCUGACACACUCAUCGCCAACUGCGUCACCACAACGCAUGGAGUGGAAGGUAAAGAUCCGGAGCGACGGAACUCGUUACGUGGCCAAGCGGCCGGUCAGGGAUCGUCUCCUGAAGGCCCGAGCCAUGAAGAUCAGAGAGGAGCGCAGCGGCAUGACGACCGAUGACGACGCUGCCAGUGAGAUGAAACAGGGCCGAUACUGGAGCAAAGAGGAGAGGAAGCAGCAGCUGCUGAGAGCCAGAGAGUACCGACGAAGAAGAGAGUACAUGAUGCAGAGCCGCCUGGACUACCUCAGAGGAGACAGGGACAUUUCAUCAUCAGCCCGGGGAGCCGAAGACCUCCAUUCAUCCCAGACGGCCCAGCUUCACACCCGACAGGACUCCCCCAGCAACAACAUCCUGUUACUGAGCCAGAAGAAGAUCAUGAAGAGGAGGAAUCGCCGCAUCCUCGACAACUGGAUCACCAUCCAGGAGCUGUUGGCUCACGGCUCGAGGUCACCGGACGGGAAGAAAAUAUACAACCCUCUGCUCUCUGUGACCACGGUGUGAUGUGAGGAGAAGAGAGGAGGAGGAAGAAGAAGAAAGAAACGGACAAUACAAACUUCAAACUAUGAGAUCAAAGCUUCAGAUGUCUUUGGGCUGGAAGGAAGAUAGACACGUGUUAACAGAGCAGAGAAGACUUCAUAUAAAGACGAGGGAUUUAUAACCUGGAACAUUUUGAUGUAUGUCUAAAAACUGUUCCCUGAACUGUCUUUGAUCGUGAGCGUGAUGACGAAGGGAAGAUACAAGUAAAGGAAACACGAGGAUGGAGUGUAAGGACAACAUGCAGUAGGAGGCAGCUGAAGUGGAAAAGUGAUAAUGACUCUGAAAGGAGGACUCUGAAAACAAGCAGCAAUAGCCUCAAAAGAAAUCAGGAGUGACCCUGAAACCUUGAACAGUUGGGUUACUCGUCCUGAGGGUUGAAUCUGGGAGCAAAAAACUGUUAUAGGGACUGGAUGCUGGAUGGCCUGUUAAGCAGCCGAGUGUUCAGCCCAACAUAUGGGACUGGACUGAAUCCUGAGAACUGAACUUCUUUGACAUACUUAGCACCAGGUUAUAUGUCUCUUUAAACUCAGUAAAGACACUUCUAAGAAGGGAACGGUUUGUUCUGGUUCACUGCUGUUUUUAGGACCUCAAGAAAAUGUUCCAUGAUAGACUGGAAGGUAGAGAGACUCUUCUCUGUACCUGAAGGAGACGGGUUUCAUGUCCUGGUGUGUUCAGGCAGAAAUAUAAUUCAGAUAUUUUGAAGUGCGGUUGUUUGGGCUACUUAUUCAUAGACAUAACAGAUGUCAGUCAGCACGCCCCCAGUUUGGAGACUCAGGCUGAAUGUCCGACAGUGAUUUCCACCUGGAAAAGGACACCGUUAUAUAGCUCUUUUUAAAGCCAGACUCCAUUGAGAAAAACAGUGAUUUAAUAUCACUGAACAAAGGAUCUACAGCUGCCUCGGUCACUUAGUUUGUACAUUACUGUGUGAUUUUGGCAACGUUGGCAUUAAAAAGGGUUAGUUCAGAUUCACCAGAGUCAUACAGUAACAUAAACUAACUAGUCA